AUGAAGAGGAACAGUUUGAUGAAAGACUACACUCACAGUUGUGCUAACAAGAACCCAACAAAAGACUUCACCCAUGUUGUCAACUGCUACAACAAGCAGAACCAAAUGGCUAGAGAGUUUUGGGAGUGCAGCGGCAACUCUCACAGCAAUCCAGAUCAGGACUAUGUGAAUGGCUUCCCAUGGCCUCCAAGAUCAUACACUUGUAGCUUCUGCAGAAAGGAGUUCAAGUCUGCUCAGGCACUUGGUGGACAUAUGAAUGUUCAUAGGAGGGAUAGAGCAAGGUUGAGGCAGUCACCCCCGGCUGAAGGUCAAGGCCAUAUGUUCAACCUUAACCUCGACCCUACUACAACUAACCCUAACAACUCAUGCUCACCUCUGUCCUUGUUACCAUCAUCUUCAUCUUCAGCAACUCUCAAACCAGUCACUUGCACAUUACCCUUGUUUGUUUCUCCCACUCCUCCUUCACCUUCUUCUGAGUUGAAGAGAUGGGUAGUUAUGGAUGGCAUUCUGUUGAACCCUUUGAGCACAAAGACCCCAGAGCACUCUAAGUCAAAGAUUCCAGAAUCUUUAUCAGCUGGGGUUGGAGAAUAUGAUCAUGCUUUUGCAAGAGAAGAUGGGUGCAAAGUGUUGAAGAAAGGAGAGAUUCUGAGGAUGGACUUGGAGAUAGGUUUGCCUAGAGGUUAUGAUUUAGAUCUGGAGCUUCGUUUGGGCACUACUUACUCUUAG